AUGUCGCGUGCGCAUUUAAUCCACUGGCUCGUGCUGCCGCUGCUGCUGUGGUAUUGUGGGUCGCGCGCGCGAACAGGCGGGUGUCCGGUCCAGUGUACCUGCGAGCAGGACGGUGUGCAUGUGAGAGUGGAGUGCGCCGACCGGGGACUCACCUCACUGCCGGAGUCCCUCAGCGCCCACACCACUUACCUUGAUCUGAGCAUGAACAACAUUAGUCAGCUGCCCAGCAAUGCUUUCACCCACCUUCACUUUCUUGAAGAGCUGCGACUAGCUGGAAAUGAUUUGAUGGACAUUCCUAAAGGAGCAUUUGAUGGCCUUGUCAAUCUCAAAACUCUAAUGCUCCAAAACAACCAGCUUCAGGAGGUCCCCAGAGAAGUCUUUAAGAGCCUGCAAAACCUUCAUUCACUACGGUUAGAUGCAAACCACAUUUCAAGAGUGCCACAAGACUGUUUUGAUGGACUGUCCUCUUUACGCCACUUGUGGCUGGAUGACAACGCUCUGACAGAGGUACCUGUUGAUGCCCUGCACACCCUCUCCUCCUUGCAGGCAAUGACCUUCGCCCUCAACAAGAUCACCCACAUCCCAGACCGAGCGUUUGCCAGUCUUUCAAAUCUGGUGGUUUUGCAUCUCAAUAACAACAGAGUGAUGUCCCUGGGAAAACAGAGCUUUGAUGGGCUACAGAGCUUGGAGACUUUGGAUUUGAACUACAACAGUCUGGAGGAGUUCCCCAUCGCUAUCAGAACCUUGAGGACUUUAAAGGAGUUGGCCUUUCACAACAACAACAUUAAGUCCAUCCCUGAGCAUGCCUUCAUUGGAAACCCCUCUCUCUUAACAAUAUUCUUCUAUGACAACCCCAUUCAAUUUGUUGGUCAGUCUGCUUUCCAGCACUUGCCAGAGCUCAGAACGCUGUCUUUAAAUGGAGCAGCAGAUAUCAUGCAGUUCCCAGAUCUCACAGGCACACACAGUCUGGAGAGGCUCACGAUCACAGGUGCGAGAAUCACAUCUCUACCUAGCACAGUAUGUGAGCAGCUACCCAACCUGCAGAUGCUAGAUCUUUCAUACAAUCGAAUCCAAUCCCUUCCCAGUCUCCAAGGCUGCAAAAAGAUUCAAAAGAUUGAUCUUCAUCAUAACCAGAUCCAUGAGCUGCGAGCAGACACGUUUCAAGGGUUGCCUUUACUCAAGUCCCUUGGCCUGGCCUGGAAUAAGCUAUGCUCUGUGGACCCACUCUCCUUCUCUGAGCUGCCAGCUCUCACCAAACUUGACCUGACUUCCAAUCACCUUUCGUCUUUACCUGUGGUUGAGCUGCAUGUGUUGACUCACCUGAAACUGGCUGGUAAUGUCAAUCUCCAGGAGCUUAUUCCAGUGGAGAGAUUCCCCAGAUUAAGGGUCAUGGAGAUGCCGUAUGCGUUUCAGUGCUGUCCGUUUCUGACCUGUGAGAAACAUGUGAUGGGUUGGGAAAAAGAGAAGAACAGUAGCAAUGACACGGGAAGGAAAGACAGUGUUGCCUCCAACCCAGGAGACCACGAAUUUGAGGAUCUUUUCCCAGACCCUGAAGAUGACACUGUGUUACACCACUCAGUCCAGUGCUCCCCAACACCAGGCCCAUUCCAGCCAUGUCUUUAUCUGUUUGAGAGCUGGCUCAUCCGCUGUGGAGUUUGGAUUGUUGCUGUCGUGUCCCUGGUUGGUAACGCCAUGGUCAUGGUGUCCAUCUUUCUUUCUCCAACAUUUUUAUCUCCUGUGAAGCUGCUGGUGGGCUUGCUUGCAUUGGUCAACAGUCUGACAGGACUAUGCAGUGGAGUUAUGGCUCUUGUAGAUGCCCUAACCUUUGGUAGCUUUGCUAUGUAUGGCGCUAACUGGGAAAGCAGUACAAGCUGUAAGCUCACUGGCUUCGUGUCAGUUUUUGCGUCAGAAACAAGCGUUUUCCUCUUGACAGUGGCUGCUGUGGAAAGAAGCCUUUCUGUCCAUAACAGUAAAACAGCAUUGGAUUGUAGAGCAUCAAAAGCAAUGGUUAAGCUAGCAGUGCCACUGUGCUUCAUUGUGGGCUUGGCUCUAACAUCUAUACCUCUCAUACAUGUUGGAGAGUACGGCAUAUCAUCACUCUGCCUUCCUGUUCCUCUUGGAGAACACGCUGGUUUGGGCUUAAUGGUGGUUCAAGUACUAGUCAACUCUCUGUGCUACCUCAUCAUGACUGUGACGUACACGUGUCUGUACUGCAGCUUGGAGAAAGGGGAACACGACAAGCUCUGGGACUGCUCCAUGAUCCGGCACGUGGCCUGGCUUCUUUUUGCAAAUUGUGUCCUUUACUUCCCUGUAGCAUUCCUGUCGUUUUCUGCCCUGCUGAAACUCUCCGCCAUGGGCUCGGACAUUGUCAAAUCAGUGCUUCUGGUGGUUUUACCCUUACCCGCAUGCCUUAACCCCUUGCUUUAUGUGCUCUUCAACCCCCAUUUCAAAGAGGACCUGCGACUCCUGCUCAGACAGACUCGGGUGAGAAACCAGCGCCUGAGCCUGGCCUCGCUCGACUCAGACGAUGCUGAAAAGCAGUCCUGCGACUCCACGCAAGCUUUGGUCUCUUUCACCAGUUCAUCCCUUACUUACGACGUUCCCAGCAUACCC